UGCUCAUUAUUUCGUGUUUCCUCCCAGGGCCCGCGGAUCUUCCUGGGUGGCGGGGAAUCUUUCCUGGGUGCUGGGCACGCCCCCUGUAUGCCGUAAGGGUCUCCACAGGAACGCGGCCGGGGUCUGGGAGAGAUUCUUCUCUGCAAGAUCUGGAAAUAUGGGUCACAAGAAACUACGGCGAGUGGGUUUAUCACAAGAGCUAUGUGACCGCUUGAGCAGAUAUCAGAUUGCUACCUGUCAGGACUUCUUAAGUCUUUCUCCUUUGGAACUUAUGAAAAUGACUGGCCUUAGUUAUGGAGGUGUCCAGGAACUUCUGCGUACCAUCAGCAGGGCCUGUGCCCCACAGAUGCAAACAGCUUAUGAGAUAAAGACACGAAGAUCUGCUGAUUUUUCGCCAGCAUUUCUCUCUACUACCCUUUCUGCUUUGGAUGAAACCCUGCAUGGUGGUGUGGCUUGUGGAUCUCUCACAGAGAUUACAGGCCCACCAGGUUGUGGAAAAACUCAGUUUUGUAUAAUGAUGAGUGUUUUAGCUACAUUACCUGUCAACAUGGGAGGAUUAGAAGGAGCUGUUGUGUACAUUGACACAGAGUCUGCAUUUACUGCAAAAAGACUGGUUGAGAUGGCAGAAUCCCGUUUUCCUAGAUAUUUUAACACUGAAGAAAAAUUACUUUUGACAAGUAGUAAAGUUCAUCUUUACCGGGAACUCACCUGUGAUGAAGUUCUACAAAGGAUUGAAUCUUUGGAGGAAGAAAUUAUUUCAAAAGGAGUUAAACUUGUGAUUAUUGACUCCAUUGCCUCUGUGGUCAGAAAGGAGUUUGAUAUGCAACUUCAAGGCAACAUCAAAGAAAGAAACAAGUUUUUGGCCAAAGAAGCAUCCUUAUUGAAGUACCUGGCUGAGGAAUUUUCAAUCCCAGUUAUCUUGACGAAUCAAAUUACAACCCAUCUGAGUGGAGCCCUCCCUUCUCAAACAGACCUGGUGUCUCCGGCUGAUGAUUUGUCCCUGUCUGAAGAUCUGCACAUGUUCCUGUUACGGUCUAUCAGAGUCAAGAGGAACAAAGGGAUGAGAACACCAAAGCGAAGCAUUGUCAGUUGCCUCGGCUACAGAUAUAACAGGACCAAAGCACGGAAUGGUGUGAUCCUGGAAGCUUUAAGUUGGAAGGACUCUCUGAGAACAUCCCUAUUGUCUAUAUCACAGAGAAUUCUAAAUCCAGUAGGUACUUCUGGAUCCAGUUGUGUGGUAGCCGCACUAGGAAACACAUGGAGUCACAGUGUGAACACCCGCCUAAUUCUCCGAUAUCUUGAUUCAGAUAGAAGGCAGAUCCUUGUUGGCAAGUCCCCUCUGGCUCCCUUCACUUCAUUUGUCUACACCAUCAAGGAGGAAGGCCUGGUUCUUCAGGCCAACAGAGGCCAUAGGGAUACUGUGACCUUUGUCUAGAGCUGAUGGGCUGCGACUUGUGAAAUGAAACAGGACCAUGCUGCUUGGAAGAAGGAAACGGAAGCCAACAUAAUGAGGAUUAAUUAGUUGAUUGCUGUUGAGAUGGUAACAGAUUUGCUUCUCGGCUAUUGAGCCAGUGAUUUCAGACCUCGCAGGGAAGGUGAAGAUGAAGAAGCCUUUGUUCAGGUCUCUAGAUAUGCAGGGCUGGGAGCUUUACCACCAUGGAAUGUAAGCAGCCAUAAUAAUAAUUUGCACUUAUAUAGCACCUUUCAACUAUGCACCUCAAAGCGAUUUAGCCACAUUAAUUAAUUAAAGCCCACAAUCCCCCUGGGGAGAGGAGGAGGAGGACUAACAAGAUUUGUAAUUACAGGAGGGACCAUUUCCGAAUAAAGUAUUGUCCACCAAAUAAAAAGAAUAGGUGUAAAAGAA